GCGCGAAGGACAAUUUUCGCCGUUUUCAGUUCGCGCGAUAACGGUGCUAACGGAAACGCCCAAUUACCUGCAACGAAUGCACACUCAGUGCAUACUAGUUUUCCCAGUGAAAAACGCUUAAUAAAAAAAAGAAGAUUGUGACCGAUAUGAUAGAAUUUCCAACCUGAUUUGUCGACUCUAAUAUCUUUAUAAGGGAGAGCAACAUUUAUAUCUGCAAGAUUUUUUCGUUUCAUACAAAAACACGUCGAAGAAACCUAAUUUUAUCGAAAUUGGAGGAGUCUAAGCUGUAUAAUUUUUAUUACCACAAAAAAUAGCUAUCACAUGGUUCUAUAGCAGAAUGAGAAGUUUUUUUAAAAAUCUCUUGUUCCUAUUUGCAAAUGUGAAACAAAGCAUCUAUUAAUUGAAAUUAACAAAACACUAUUAAUUAUUAAAUAAGGAUCAAUUCUUGUGGUUUUCAAAGAUUUGAUUAAAAUUGUUUAAAUUGUUAAAAUAUAUGUACAUAAGGAAGGGAGAGAGAGAAAGAGUGCUAGUUUAUUUUAUCAUCCUUAUUUUUAAAAUAAUUGCAUUUGUUUGUUAAGGAUUAUUGAUACUGUAUUAUGUUAAGAUGGAAUUAGCAAAGGGAAUCACUGAUGGUCUGGCAAAUAUCCAAAAUAGUAAUGUUUUACCAGAGGAAACAUUUCUGCAAUUAUUAGAUAUUAUAAUGUUAUAUAUUUCUAGGAAUAUUAAUAAUGGAAAAACAGCUAUCGCUGCUGUACAUUCGUCCAAAUCAGAUCUGAUAAAAGCUGCCAUUGCCAACAUAUCUUGCCUCUUUGUAGAGGCUGCCCGGCACGAUUAUGAUGAAGAGAGCUUGAAACAUUUUCUGUAUAAUGAACAUAUUAAUGGACAAAGAAUUGAAAUGCUAUGUAAUACAUACACAAAUAAUAAGCAAAAUAUUCAAACUCGGUUGGAAUUGAUGGGGAAUAACUUACCACAUAUAGUGGAUAUAGAUUGGCGUUUGCAUCAUUGUCUUAAAAUUAGCACUCGUUUUACUAACAUACCAACUUAUAACAUACGAAUGAGUAUAAAAAAUGGUAAUCAAGUGAGACACGUAAUAUUUACAUGUACUAUACAACAACUACAAGAGUUGGUAUACAAAUUAAAGGACAUUGUGAGACACAUUGAAAAAAUGUCUCAUAUAUAAAUUGGUGAUUACAACAUGUAAUUUAGAAAUACAAUUGUUUGCUCUAGUUUGUAUAUAUGAAGGAUGCUCUAUAUGAAUAAUACAGCUUUGUUUAGGUACACUCAAUUGUAUUUUUUGCAUUAUUAGUGAAGAGAAUAUCUUUUAAUUUUAUGUAGAGUAAUUGUUACUUUUAUACGUUUAUAUAUGUAUAUGCGUACACAUACAUACAUAUGUAAAACUGAUUAAGAAUACAAUCUUCUAUUCUGUAGCCCAGUGUUUAUCUAAAAAUUUUUUCUUGUUUGACAGAAAAAUACAUAUUACAGUUAUGUUCUUUUAAUUAAAUACAGAAUUAUAUUAAUAAUCCUUUUUCUCUAUUACUAUGUAAUAUAUAUUUUAUAAUCAUAGUACACUAUGUACAAAUAAAAUUCAGUAUAUCUAAAAAAAAAAUAAAAUUCUUAAUCAUUAAAAUUAUUUAGCAAAAGUUUCUAUUUUAUUGUUGCUUUCCUCAAUUUAUGUUCUUUCCUCGAUACGUAUAAUUAUAUAAGGGACAACAAACAUACAUUAAUAUAUAAUGCACAAAAUACACUUAUGGAUUGUAUAAAUAGAGUUGAGAGGAAACAAUAGAGAGCUUGAAAAAUGAAAACAUAAAACGCAGAGAAUAAAUGGAAAGAGGAAGAGGGAAGACAGAAAAAUAUUAUCCUUUACGACUAAUAAUUUUGCUUUGUUAAAAUAUUUUUUCCAUCUAAGAUGAAGUAACGUAAUGAUCACAGUAUUUAAUUGUCAACUAAUUUUUUGUCGUAAUUAUCGCAUACAUUUUUAUUGUUCCAUAUUAUUUACUCGAUAUAUGAUAGGAUAAGGCCUCGGACAUUUCACUACCAUUAGCAGUUUUCGAAUAUUUUCGAAAUUACCCUCAAAAUUAUAUUAAUUUUAAAAUUGGAAUAAGACCACGAUUUAUAAAACACAAUUCAAAUCGAGAAACAGCCAAUAUAUAACAAAAUCUUAAUGUUGAAAAUGAUGUUUCGUGCUGAGAUAAUAUUUUUCAAAUUCUUCACAUUUUCCAGGGAUGGAGAUGAUGAUCUUAAAUGUUUGUUAGCAUUAGUAUUAUUAAAUUGAUCGUCAAUUUGAUUUUGUGAUAUUAUUUUUCUGAUUCAAAAUUUAAGAGCUGUAUUUAAAACUAAAAAUUCAAGGUGCACAAUUUAAAGAAUUUGUAAAAAAUUAAAAAAAAAUGUAUUUAAAAAUCACACAACAUUAAACACUAAGAUCUUGCUAUGACCGUAUACUAUUUCUCGAUUUGAAUUAUAUUAAUUUUGUUUCAACAUUGGUCUAAAAGUAAGAAAUCUGAAAUUUAAUGAAAUUAAGAUAUUCUGGUAAUUGUAAGUAUUCUAACUGAUGACAUUUUAUAUACUUAUGACUUUGAUAAUAAGAAUAAUUAUUGUAAAACAUCGAUUUCAUAUCAAUACUUGUUUUUCGAGAUAUAUUAUCAUUUCUAAAUUUACUAGUGUUCAACGAAAAACAAAAAUGCUAUCUGAUUCAGAUACAUUGUGAAGAAAAAAUUAAUUUGGUUAAAUUUUUCCACUUGAUUAAAAAUAUCUUCAGUUCAAAUAUUUACAGUUAUAAAACCAAUUAUCCAGAUAUAGAAUAUGGAAGUUUAUUUUAUGCUACAAGUUCAUUAAACAUUAUAAUUUUUUGAGGGGGGGAGGGACUAUUGGAAAUGAAAAUCCUUGUCAGUGAUGCAUUUCCAUCAAAAGUAUGCUAUUGAUUUAUAGCAUAAAAUAAACUCCUAAUAUCUUUUAUCUUCGGACAAUUAGUUUUAUAAUUGUAUAUAAGAUUAUCUUUUAUUUAUUUAAUAUUAUUCUGUCUAUUUUAUUAUCCUUUACACACAUUUUUACACUUGAGUAAAAACAGGUAAAGAUAGAUACAAAAUAAAAUAGGCAUUUUAGUGUAAUUUUAUUUAAAUACAAUCUUUUAAUCAGAUUUUACUGAUAAACCAGUAAGUUUUUUCAGUCUAAAUACAAGAUUGCUUUUGAUGGAAAUGUAUCACUGGUAGAAGUUUUUCUUGAAAAAAAAUCUCUAGUUCUUAGCUCCUUUUGUCAAAGCAUAGUAACCUCUUAACUAUUUCUGUGGUAUGUGCUUUUUACACUUUUACAUAGAUAUACGGAACCACAAUUUAAAUGCAGGUUUUGAACUAAGAGGAAUUUUCUUGGCAAGAUACUCUCGGUAGUUUGCCAUUGCCUUGCAAGAAGUAACGAUCAAAUAAAAUGUUUCUGAUCAGUAAGAUUUGAUCCCAGAUCUUCGGCAUAGAGAGUAGACACAUGACUCUAUGUUACGAUCACUAUCUAAAAAUACAUAAUAGUUGGUGAAUUUGUAGCGUAAAAUAAAUUUUCAAUGUCCAGCCAAUUAGUUUAAUUACUGUAUAUAUUUAAUUUAAAUACAUGAAAUACUUAAACAGUUGAAAUGUGUGUAAAGCUGGGUACACACAAGGGACACCCGUGACCUUCGAGUCACCAAUUUUAACAAAAUUUUAUGGGUGUGUAAUAUUCACUCAAACCUUUACUGUAAUAAAACGGUAAGUUGUAUAAUAUUUCCUGCCCCAAGUACCAUUACAGUUUUUAGCUUUUUUUAUAAAGUCUAGACCAAAAAAACAAUAACAAACUGUUAUUCAGAGAUCAUUGUAGGUAUGACGAUUUUCCUAACACCGGAUGUUAGAUUGUUGACUCGACAAUUGUUCUGUAACGAUACUACAAGUACUAGAAAUAUUUAAUCGUCAUUUUCUCGAAAAUAUCUAAUAUCCGCAACUUACUAUAGUAAAAGUUUGAGUGAGUACAUACCCAUAAAAUUGUAUUAAAAUCGGUGAUCCGCGGGUUUUCCUUGUUAAAAACGAACACCGAGCGAACAGCAGCGAACAUACGUAUGAGCGUCUGUAUCGCGCACCAAUUUUCUUUGAUGCACCGCCACAUAAGGGAAUUAAAUCGAACAUGAAUUGAACGUUCUAUCUCAGUAUUCUUUGAGAUAUACAUCUGCUGUAUAAGAACAACGAACGUUCACGUUUGCUAUUCGUUCGGUGUUUACUCGCUAAGUGUAUACCCAGCUUAAGGAUGUAUUCAUAAUCCCUACGAACUAAAUUGAAAUUGGAAAUGUAUUAAUAUUUUUACUUUAAAUAAGCUGUAUACAUAUAAAAGUUGUAUGAAUAACAUUAUAUUUUUAUUUAAUAACACAUUUUUAUAAUUUACUUACUGUAUUUGCUAGUAAAAAUUAAAAUAAUGAAAAAAAACAUCAAUUUUUUGUAAAGUACUUUAAGUAUUCAGGAUGGAUUUAUACAAAUUCCAAUUGCGAUUCCGAGGUUAAUUUUUCUGUAAAUGUAAAUGAAUAAAUUUUAUUUAUUUACAGAAUAAUUGAUCUCUGUAUCGUAAUAAAACUUUAUAUAAAUUAUUUUAAGUACUUACAGUACUUAUAUAAAAACUAUUUUUUUUUUUUUUUUCAUUAUUUCUUAAUUACAUUUCCAUUAGAACAUUUUUACUUUUUUAUUAUUGAAAUAAUUUGCGAUUCAAGUAAAAAAAUCACUAUUAAUUUUUUUACAUUACUUUCAAAUGCAAUAUUAACCAAUUUGUUAUUUUUUUUAUUUAGAAAAUAGUAUUUAUGUAUGUAAAUUAAUGAUUACAUUACCUUAAAAAGUACCAUAAUGCAACAAUACUUUUAGCUUAAGAAAAAGAAUUUGUUAAUUUAAUUACAUUUUUCAAACUGUUUAAAUUUCAUCAGUUCAUUUAUUUAUGUAAUAAAUUAUUUAAAAAAUUACGUAAUACAUUCUUAACUUAAAUACAUAAAUACUUGAAUUGAAAAAAUUUAGUCAAGUUAAUAACUUUUCUCAACAUAUAGUGAGUAAAAGUGGGAUUGUAUCCACUCUUUUUUUUCCAAUGAUUGAUUAGUCGAUCAAUUACCAGAGGGAAAGAAGCUAGAUGUAAGCGCAAUUCAGUGUCUCUACAUCGGAACAAAAUAACAUUUUGGUUUUCGAUCUUGUAGAGAUAAUAUUUAAAUUCAAUUUAAAUUUUUUACUUAUUUUAACCGAUAUUUCAUUAAAUCUACAUUAAUGUUACAAGCAUAUAUUAUCUCAAAAAAUAUUAAUCAGAAAUAUGUAAAAAUAUUAAAAUUAAAAAUAAAAUUGUCUUUCAGAAACAUCGUAUCAUACAUAUAAUACAAUUUCAUAUAAUUUCUUUUAAUAUAAAUAAAGGGUUUUCAAAAAUAUUCAAUACUGCGAACUAUAUAAAUUUUUUUCAAUCUUACACGAUAUAAAAAUGUAUAAUUUAAAUUUAGGUAACAUUAUUAUUAAUUUAAUUAUAGUUCAACUAUAUUCAAUACUUCUUUUAUACACAUAUCUAUGUGCUCAAUUGUAAGAGUACUCUCUUCUACGAUAACUAUGUGUUCACACGUUCUAUAAACAUGUUCUUCCGUAAUUACAUUAUUUAUCGAAAAAGUGAUUGCGACACUUUUAGUUACUUAAUGCUAAGGAAUAAUGUGUCUAUUUAAUAUGCACAAGAACGCAUAUUACAUACUAUUAAGACAUUAUAAUGCGUUAUACAUUAUGCUAUUAACAAAUUAACAGCAAGCGUAUGUACUAAGAGAUAUAAAUCAUACAUGAUGAUUUAAAUAUAUAUAACUUUAAUGAUAAAUUUGCUUUUCAAGUGCUUGGUGUACAACUUGUAUCCAUAUCUGUGUGAAAAAUAUAUGCUAUCAUAUUGCAAUAUAUAUGUGUAACGCGAAAUAAAAGAACUAUGACAUAAA